AUUUCUCAAUGCCUAGUUGACUUUCAAGUUAGAAUAAUUGUCUCUGCUUCUGUUGUACAAGCGUCUACUCUUGUGCAUUUUAAUGAGAAUAGAGUUGCAAGAAUAUUUGGUUAGAGGAUGUUUUUAGCCGCGGUUGCAUCCAACUAUUACUAAAGUUGCACUCAUAGGGGAGAAAUGUCAAAUUUGCUCAGUUUCAUAUACGUUUUUUUUUUCCAGAUAAUCAUAUGAUGUGGUAAAAUUUAGUGCUUAAGGAGCUUGAUACGUUUAUGUUAGCAAGGGCCAAAUGAAGAAUACGUUUUGUAGUAUUGGUUAUUAGCAAAACUCAACAUGCAUAAAUUGAACUCCAGCAAUUCGUACACAUUUUCAUUUGUUGUUACCACGAGCACUUUAUGAUUACAUGGGAAAUCUCUUUCACAUUUGAGGUUGCAUCGCUAAUUCUUCCAUCCGUUGCUGCAAAUGAAUAACUGAAGGCAAGCUUUUCAUUUGUAGCAAUCUAUCAUAGGCCUCAAACUUCAAUAACUGGCUGAAAGUUCUAAAAAAUAUUUCCCUUUGCUUGAUGCAAAUAAGAUGCUGAAGCAGAAGUCUUUUGUAAAGCUAGAGAAGGCGAAAGCCAAAGAUUCCUUCAAUUUGCUCGGCUAAUAGAAGGCUCACCCUUCAAUGUGCUUGCAAAUUAAAGAUUGAGUUUCUGGUGUUCAAAGCCUUUCUUCAAGCGUUCGAAGCACUCCGGACAAGAAUGGGCAUUCCGAUGAUGUCACUAAAAGUCCAGAGCUUCUCCAAAAAUUACUGAAAUUGGGUCCAAAAAAGGAGCCUCUCCGAACCCUUGCUGACAAGGAGAAGAAAACUUUGGCACCGACUAGAAGCAAAAUGACAGAACUGCGACGGAUAAACAACAAGGCAAUUAAGAAGCAAGACACAAAAAAGGUUGCAUCUAGCGUCAACAAUCAAUCUUCAUCAAGAAAGCAACUUAGAAAGUCGGAAAAUCCUUCUCGUCUACCCAUAGUUACCGAUCAGUCUUCUGAUUUUGGUCAUUCUAGUUCCUGGAUUUGUAAAAAUUCGGCUUGUAAAGCUGUUCUUUCAAUUGAUGACACUUUUUGCAAGAGAUGCUCUUGCUGCAUUUGUCACCUGUACGAUGACAACAAGGACCCUAGUCUUUGGCUAGUAUGCUCUACCGAAUCUGGUGGAGACUCAUGUGGGUUAUCUUGUCACAUUGAGUGUGCUAUUCAACGUGAAAAGGUUGGGGUUGUUGAUCUUGGGCAAUUGAUGCAACUUGAUGGCAGCUAUUGUUGUGCUUCAUGCGGUAAAGUCACUGGGAUACUUGGAUGUUGGAAGAAGCAGCUGAUUACAGCAAGGGAUGCCCGACGGGUCGAUGUACUUUGUUAUAGGAUCUACAUGAGUUACAGGCUCUUGGAUGGGACUUCGAGGUUUAAAGAAAUGCAUGAAAUUAUGAAGGAUGCUAAGGUCAAGUUAGAAGCUGAAGUUGGUCCGUUGAAUGGUAUUUCAGCCAAGAUGGCACGUGCUAUAGUCAGUAGACUCUCUGUGGCAAGCGAUGUACAGUCACUUUGCUCGUUGGGCAUCGAAAAGUCAGAGAAAUGGCUGGCCAGUGCUUCUAAUGCAAAUCCAAAUUACAGAGAGGAUUCUCUUCCAGCUGCUUGUAAGUUUUUGUUCGAAGAGAUAUCAUCUUCAUCUGUUGUAAUAAUUCUUGUUGAGCUAUCUAGUGCAUCAUCAAACGGUGUUAAAGGAUACAAACUCUGGUAUGAAAAAAGUAGAGAAGAGUUGCACACGAAGGAUCCCAUUUGUGUAUUUCCAAGAUCUCAAAGGCGAAUUAUGAUAUCAAACCUGAAACCAUGCACGGAAUACACCUUUAGAAUUAUUUCAUAUACAGAUAAUGGCGACUUGGGUCACUCAGAAGCAAGGUGUUUUACCAAGAGUGUGGAGAUAAUUUCCAAAAAUUUGAAACUGGCAGACAGUUCAAAUUGCAAAAGAGAGCACACCACUCACAUUGAAGGAAGUUCUUGUAGCAAGAUGGGGCCUGACAAUACCAAAGUCGUUGGGUCGGCUUCUCAGUUCAAGGUUCGAGACCUUGAAAAGAUACUUCAUCUUCCUUGUGAUCAAGAUCAGGGGUGUAACGAAGGGUUUUGCAGUGCUGAUGCUGAAAAAUGCUGUGGAGUAGGCAAGGUGGUCAAACCCAAAACCCCGGAAGAACAGUUGCCUCCCGUUUCCCGAGACCUUGACUUGAAUGUAGUCUCUGUGCCUGAUUUGAACGAAGAAGUAACUCCUCCGUUCGAGUCGUCAAGGGAUGAAGACGAUGGAUGCACGUUGCAGCAGGUGGUCGAGGCAGAUGACGAUGCUGCUUCUCAUGACAAAGAGAAGAAUGGUUUGGUGAGAUCUCACGGUAGCGGUGACUCCCAGACUUGGACAUGGACAGGCGGGAGGAGAGGGGAUGCGUCUGCUGUUGAUUCUGGGGUGGCAUUGUGCAGGAAAAGAGGUACCAGCUCAAAUGAAGAGAUUCAUGAUUGUGAUAGCACUCUGAUAAAUGGAUCUCCAUUCCGUAAUUCCAAUGGUUCUUGCUGUUUGGAUGAGAAUUUUGAAUAUUGUGUAAAGAUAAUCAGGUGGCUAGAAUGUGAAGGAUAUAUAAAGCAAGAAUUCAGAUUGAAAUUGUUAACAUGGUAUAGCUUGAGAUCAACCGAGCGCGAACGACGGGUAGUUAACUCCUUUAUCCAAACCCUCAUUGAUGAUCCUAGCAGCCUCGCCGGACAGUUGUUUGAUUCAUUUUCUGAUAUUAUUUCCUGCAAGAGGCUGCGAAGCUGAUAAUGCCAACACGUUCUAGUGACGAAUGGAAUAAGGGGCGGCUCGGUUUCUAACGUAGAAGAUUGCUGUUGGCCAUAUUGUAAAAGUUUCUCAAUUUACAUUGACCUCCUAUUGUUUGCCAUUCUUGUGCCGGUAUUUUUACCCCUGGUCACUGUCUAAGUGAUGAUGAUGGCCUUAUGCCGUAGUAAAAUUCUCCGAUUGCAACGAAUCGGCAAUUGUAGAAGCGAUUUGCAAUUGGAGGCCAUGCUUGUAGGCACAUUUGUUAUCUCUCAACGACUCCAAUUGCAUUUGAAACAUAACAUUAUAAUUUAAUCAUGGGAGGAUAUAUAUUAUUUAGAUUAUCUUAUGAUUUACUGCUUUUAAUUCAAAGGA